CUUUCAAUGGGUUCCUCUCCGCUCCAGGCUUCCAAAAACCUACAACAACUAAUGCCUUAUAAAGCAGUAACUGAGAGGAUGCUCCGACUGUCAACCAGAAUUUGUCUCUUGUAUCUUGGUAAAUUGAGUCUCGGUGAUUCCAACAUUUUGAAUUUAUCCACUUAGAAAACUUUUAUAAUUUGAUAAUUUGCGUGAGUAAGCUGUUGUGAAAUUUCCAAAGAAUUCCAAGCCAUGGGACAGUUUGAAAUACAAGCACCGUAUAUUACUUUAAUUAUAAAGAUAAUUCUAUAUCCGGCUUAUAAAAGUGACAUCAACGUCACACUACUGAAGCUUUAAUGCAAGAAACUGACAAGACAAUUACUACUUCAGCGCCAUCUAUUGUAGAAAACUUGCGUAUUUAAAAGCAAUAUGGACGCCAUUCAAAACGCAGAUUGAACUUUCCUCGUAUGUAAGGUGGCUUUUUAAAGGUUGUGCACAUUGCAUCAUCUAUCGAAAGCUGAAAGCGCCACCUGCUGAAUGCGCCGAAACAACAAACAAAACGCGCCAUUGUUAAUUAAUUAAAUAUUAAAAAUAAAAUUUAAUUGUUUUUACAGAAUGACACAUUUAUUAUUAUUUAAUUUUACUAAUAAAUUAAUAGAAAAAAAAUACGAUGCAUUUUAUUACGAUGCAUAAAAUUAAUUUUAAAACGAUUCAAAUUUCCAUAUUAUGGAAAUUUGAACUUUUAAAUGUGGAAAUAUGGAAAAUAAUUAUUUUAAAUAAUAUUAAAUACAGUUUAAAUGAGGGGAAACUUCACACUGUUUUAUAUCAGCUGCUACCUGAUGACAGGUGUUAAAAAACUCCAUGUGACAGAUGGUGGAAUGCAGGAACACAUGCUAAGUACUGUACUGUACUUCCAUCAGCCAUACAAUAUUCAUUAAGAGCUGGCAGAUUAUGCAAUUCGAUGAUAUCACAGCAUAUAUGAUAUACUACAAGUUAAUAUUCUUAGUGUAAAUCCUUCAUGUCAGUCGACACAAAGCCUAUCGGAGGAAUAUUUACUGUAAUUUCUCAUUGAAUGUUGUCAUCAAGCGAACCUAACACACUGUUGGUAUCUGGCAAUAUAUCUGAUGUUAAGAAGUCAUUGCUUGCCAGCUUGGGAUCCGUAAUAUUGUAUGGAACAUGUUCUAUGCUCAUGGUCUUCAUCAACAAGAUCAUUUUCACAAGUUACAUGUUUAAAUUUCCUUUUUUUAUUAUGGCUUGUCAAAUGAUUACUACUGUCAUCUUGUUAGAACUUUGUUCUUUCUUGAAAUGCAUCAAAUUGAAUCCUUACAAUAUUAAGAAAGGAUUUAGUUUUGUCUUGCCAUCUAUUUUCUAUGCCCUUCAUUCUGUGCUAUCCUUGAAUGCACUAGGAGGCAUGAAUAUACCAAUGUAUGGAGCAAUUAAGAGAUGUACACCCUUCAUUACCUCUCUAUUUAUAUUACAUAAAAAGUGGCCUUCAUAUAAAAUAUUCUUAUCCAUUGGACUGAUUACUCUAGGAUGCAUCACUGCUGGAUUAGGAGAUUUGACAUUUGACACAUGGGCAUAUUUUUAUGGUGUGUUAAGUGUUAUUGCACAAGGAGUUUAUCUUAUCCUGGUACAACAUAGUGCCGAGAAGAAUAUGUCUACUUUAGAUAUUCUCCAGUUGAACAGUUAUAAUACAUUACCUAUUUUCAUAUUACUAGGCCUUAUGACUGAAGAAUUUACUAAGGUCUUACUUUUUCAGAAAAUCUCAGAUGUUAGCUUUCUGUUGUGUUUAACUGCAGAAAUAGGCAUUGGAUUUAUUCUCAAUUACUCUUUAUUUCUGUGUACGACUCUGAAUUCUGCAUUGACUACAAGUCUAGUUGGGAUAAUUAAAAGCAUGUUCCAGACUUUGAUUGGCUUUAUGACAUUUGGUGGUGUCAAAUUUCAUUAUUUGAAUGUCAUUGGACUUUCCUUGAAUAUAGUUGGUGGAUUUGUUUAUACGUAUGAGAAAUAUAAAGAAAAACUUAUGAUGAUAAAGCAUGCUGAAGAAAAUGUAACUCCAAAAAUAUGUUGCUGAAUAAAACAAAUUUUUGAAUAUAAAAUGGGUUGUCUGUCUGCAUUAUAAAUUAAUGUAUUGAAUUUUCUCCUAUAUUCCAUAGUAACUUUUAUUUACAUAAAUAAUAUGUUUCAUACAAAACACUCACUAUUAAUUUUCAAUCAAAAUUUAAAAUGGUAUCUAUAAACAAAUCUGUAGAAAAAAUUUUUCUACAUUUAUUCGUUCAAGAUUUAUAAAAUCUUUGUUAUGGACUAGCAUGUAAUUAUAACACAGUU